AAAUGCUGUCUUUUUCAUCCUUUUCUUUUUGGGUUUUCCCAAACACAUUUCUCUCUUCUCCACCCCACACAAUACACAACACUUUAAACUAUACUCUUCAGACACCCUCUUUGGGUUUCUCGAUACCUGUCUUUCUUUCUCUCUCUAAGUCUUCAGGCAAACCCUUUUGUUUUUCUACACUGCAGUAGCUUAUUCUUGAGUUUAUGCUUAUAAAGUUCAAUUCUUGAAGGAAUUUGUUAAUGGGUAUGUUUGGUUUGUGCUUUAAUUGUGGAAUUACGUGGUGGGUAUGAAAAUUAGUUAGGGUUUUGUAUAUGGUUUUUACAUUUAGGGAAAUGUUGCCUGAAGUGGUUAUUAGUCCUGUUAUGGGGGUUGAAGAUGUGGAAUAUGGUUUUGCCAUGGAAUAUAAUGGUCCUCCUGUGAGCUUUGAUAUUCCUAGGGCUGUUCCUAUCAAUGUUGAGACUAUACCCCUUGCUUCUGUUGUAACUCAAAUCCCGUUCCCGGAAAAGAUUUCACUGCCAAUUAUUCAACCUGUUCUUGCUCCUGAUGCUUUGAACAAGAACAUUUCUAGAGAACUAAAUAAAGUAGGAUCUGGUACAAAUGUGUCCCCAACGUCAGUGAUCGAUUAUGAUAGGAUUAUAAGUGUAUGUGAGAAUGAGAGAGAUGUCGAAUUGGAUUCGGAAGUUACCAUAUCGCCAACUUCGGUUGUUGUGUGUAAAGAAAGAGUUAAAAGUGUUGAGGACUGUAUAGGGAUGGGUGAAGUGUGCAGCUCAGGGACAUUAGAGGAUUUAAAUUGCCGUGGUGAAUCAGGGGAUUGGUCAGGUUUGAUAAAUAGCUCAGCGGAGCUGGCUUCUUCCUCAAUCAGCCAUGAGCAUUCGCGUGAUUUGGUAGGCAGAGGUGGAAGUUCUUGCCCAUCAGAAUAUUGUGAGAGUUUUGAGAAAUUGCGAGAACUCUCUGUAGUUUCAGAGGCCUCCAUGGCCUCGGGUCCUUCCCAAGUUAAUCUUGAUCAGGAUGAUUUGAAUGGCGGCGAUUGGAGUUCAACAAAGUCAGUUUUGAGCAUGGAAUAUUUGUCUUCCUCAGUUUCCUCGUUUAGAACGGGAGAGUGCAAAAGUAUGCCUCAUGAUGUUAAGAGACCGGCUGUGACUUUUCGUGACGUUGACUCGUUUGAUGAUGCUCAUGAGAAAUUUAAUGAUCGUGAGACUCAAAGACCAAGACUGAAGAAGGAAGUUAUGCCUAGAUCCAAGAAGAGUGGUUGCUAUCGUUGUCUUAAGGGAAAUCGAUUCACCGAAAAGGAGUCUUGUAUUGUUUGCAAUGCAAAGUAUUGUAGCAAUUGUCUCCUCAAGGCUAUGGGUUCGAUGCCAGAAGGAAGAAAGUGCAUUACAUGUAUUGGAUAUUGCAUUGAUGAGUCCAAGCGAGAUAGCUUGGGAAAAUGCUCCAAGAUACUCAAGAGACUGUUAAAUGAGUUAGAGAUUCGACAAAUAAUGAAGGCUGAGAAGCUUUGUGAUAUCAAUCAGCUGCCACCUGAGUACAUUUGUGUAAACGGAAAGCCUUUAUGUAUUGAAGAGCUGCUGUUGUUACAAACGUGUUUGAACCCACCUAAGAACAUCAAACCUGGAAACUAUUGGUAUGAUAAAGUAUCGGGUCUUUGGGGAAAGGAAGGAGAAAAGCCUUCACAGAUUAUUAGUCCUCAUAUGAAUGUUGGGGAUCCCAUCAAACCAGAUGCCAGUAAUGGAAACACCCAAGUUUUUAUGAAUGGCCGAGAGAUAACGAAAGCGGAGCUGCGGAUGUUGCAGUUGGCGGGAGUCCAAUGUGCUGGUAAUCCGCACUUUUGGGUGAAUGAUGAUGGUUCAUAUCAAGAGGAGGGACAAAAGAAUACAAAAGGCUACAUCUGGGGCAAAGCGGGGAUGAAACUGGUCUGUGCUUUCUUGUCACUACCCGUCCCUUCAAAAUCUAAGAAUACAUCCUCAGAAGUGAGAUAUGUUUCCGAAAGACCAAUUUCAGAUUACUUGGAGAGGACACUUCAGAAACUUCUUUUGGUAGGACAUAAUGAUGCAGGGACAAGUACAUUGUUUAAGCAGGCCAAAAUUCUUUAUAAAGACACACCUUUUUCGGAAGAUGAGAGAGAGAAAAUUAAGUUGAUGAUUCAAGGCAACGUGUAUUGUUACCUUGGAAUACUUCUGGAGGGCCGGGAGCGUUUUGCGGAAGAGAUAUCAAUGAAUCUAAUGGAGAAGCCUUCUGGUCCAUAUUUCGAACAAGACAAGAGUGUUGAAGGUAAUGAUCAGAUGAAAACCUAUUCUAUCUGCCCAAGGCUUAAAGAAUUUUCUGAUUGGCUUCUCAAGACAAUGGCUUCUGGUAAUCUGGAAGCAGUUUUCCCAGCUGCAACUCGUGAAUAUGCACCGUUGGUCGAGGAACUAUGGAACACUGCAGCCAUUCAAGCCACUUAUGAUCGAAGAAGUGAACUUGAAAUGCUACCUAACGUUGCUAGUUAUUUUUUGGAGCGGGUUGUUGAUAUACUUCAACCAAAUUAUGAGCCGUCAAAUUUGGAUAUUUUAUAUGCUGAAGGAGUGAUUUCAUCGAAUGGCCUCGCUUGUGUAGAAUUCUCAUUUCCUCAAUCAGUUGAUGAUGACAUUGAUGCUACUGACCAACAUGGUUCUUUGCCUAGGUACCAACUUAUCAGAUUACAAGCAAGACGAGUUGCAGAAAAUUGCAAAUGGCUAGAGAUGUUGGAAGAUGUUAGGCUUGUGAUAUUUUGUGUAUCACUUACUGACUAUGACCAAAUCUCAUAUGAUGAUGUCGAAGCACCAAUGAACAAGAUGUUACUUGGCAAAAAGCUCUUCGAAAGUAUUGUUACUCAUCCAACCUUUGAGCAAAUGGACUUCCUUUUGAUUUUAAACAAAUUUGAUCUCUUUGACGAAAAAAUCGAAAAAAUUCCCCUUUCCGAAUGUGAAUGGUUUGAGGAUUUCCAACCCGUUAUUAGCCAAAAUAGCAAGAACAGCAAUAGCCGGACCAGGAGUAUCAACCAUAAUCCUUCUCUUGGCCAGUUGGGUUUCCACUAUAUUGCUGUUAAGUUCAAGAAGCUUUACUUCGAUCUAACUGGUCGGAAGUUGUUCGUGUCAUCCGUAAAGGGCCUGGAACCCGACAGUGUCGAUGCUGCGUUGAAGUAUGCACGAGAAAUUGUAAAGUGGGAAGAUGAAAGGAUUAAUUUUAGCUUGAGUGAAUUUGGGAUUUACAGUACAGAAGCUAGCUUUUCAUCUCCUUAAAUGGUAGUUUGAUAUGAAUUGUAAAGCAACUUUAUAUUCUUAUUUCCAUUUGAUAGUUGAUUAGCUAAUGUAGAUAUGGGGCUUGAAGAUUACCUAGUAAAAGAAUUCAAUAGGCUUAUGAAUAGACAAUGUCAACAUAUAUUACUAAUUGGUGUAUAAUUGUGUUUCAUUUAACAAUAUUCAAACUUUUUCUACAUAAUUGUGUUCUUAUGUAUCUAAUAGAAAGUGAAUUAUCACAAUGUUCGCCAUAUCAUUUUCUGCAACUUGAAUUAACAGUUAGUUGUUAUAACGU